UUUUAUUUUUAUUCAAUACUUUAUAGUAAAUCAUCAAGAAGAGAAAAAUCAUUGAAAAGUGAGCUGCAAAUUCUUGAGUUUUUGUUUUUUUGAAAAACAAGAAAAAAUGGAGCUUUGAAACACUUAAAGAUUGUAACUUUUUUGGUUCAAUGGAGUGUUUUUCUUCACCAGGGUGGUUUUGUAUAUCUAACCCUUCUUUUAUUGGACUGAAAAGUAAGAAGAAGUAUAGUUUGAUUAGAAAAUGUAGAAGCUUUAACAAAGUUGGGAGUAAGUGUGUGAGUAUGAGCUAUACAGAAAAUGAAAGCUCUAGUUUUUCUUACAAGAAGUUGAUUCAUUUUGCUUUAGAAGAAACAAAUACACAUACCCUUUUGUCCCCUUCUCCAUUGCAGGAGAAAUACAGUUCUUUGUUGGCCAUGGAUGACAAAACGGAGCUACAGAUGCUUUCUUUUGAAGCCCCUAAAAUUCGACUCCUUCGCAGUCUAUGUAUUGAAGGGAGCGACGGCAUGCAGGUAUUGGAUUUUGCUGCAUUCCCGAAACCGGAAUUUGAUCUGCCUAUUUUCUGUGCCAACUUUUUCACUACUGCUAAGAUGAACAUAAUUGUACUGGACCUCAACCCAUUGCACGACAUCAUGGAUCAAGAAGAUUACAAGGAGAAGUACUAUAAAGACUUGAUUACUCUAGGCCUCAAGUAUUCUAAGCUUUUACCCUGGGGAGGGAAGCUCACCAGCGAAUCUCUGAGAUUUUUUUCACCAAUAGUCAUAUGGACAAGAUUCUCAUCUAGUCCACACAACCAUUCAGUUUUGUUUUCUGCUUUCAAGGAUUAUUACCAGGCAUGGCUUGGGCUAAUGGACAGAUCAGAAGGGGAGACGGACGCAUCUCAAAUCGCUUGCAAUUGCGAAGCUCAGCAUAGAUAUUUGACAUGGAGAUCAGAAAAGGAUCCAGGACAUGGAGUUUUGAAAAGACUGAUAGGGGAAGAUCUUGCCAAGGAUGUCAUCACGAAAUUUCUAUUCAAUGGUGUUAAUGAACUUGGGAACAAAACAUUUCUUGAUUACUUUCCAGAGUACAGAUGUGAAGAUGGUAAAGUAAACGAAAAGCGCAGUAUGAUUGGCAAAUCAUUCGAAAAUCGACCAUGGAAUGCAAGAGGAGAAUUCAUAGGUGAUAGAGUUGAGAUAGUCUGAUGUAAUAUUUACCUCUGUCUCUGUUAAUUAGCCGAUCCCAACUCGUUUGGGAUUGAGUAGUAAGUAGUAGCUGCUGUUGUUUUAGUUUAUUGUAGUAGUCGUAACCGUCUCUGUCAAUGUCAAUCUUGACAGUUUGAUGCAGGAGAAGAAUUCAUAGGUGAUAGUGUUGAAUCAAUAACGAAAGUGGGGUCUGGGGAGUGUGUUGUGUACGUAGAGUAGCAGUCUCGCUGACCUUACCCUACCUUGUGAAGGUAGAGAGACUGUUUCGGAAAUGUAAUCUGUUGUAACUUUCACAUGUUCUCUUUAUUCUUGUUUAUUCAAUCUCUGUCAAUGUAAAUAGUUCAUUACAUCCCCUAA